AAUCACGUGGCGCGGCUCCAGCAGCGCCAGUGCCGUAGCAGUGCGGAGAGCCCACACCACACGGCGCACGGAGGAGGACCACGGCGCUGCAGCUCCGGAGGAACUCUGCGCGACCUGGGUGACCGCUCUGCUCCUUCACCCCCGGAUCACCUCCUACGGGCAUCGAGCCACGCAGCCAGCAUCAGCUCCAGGCCGGGCUGAAUGUCCCAGAGGUGCUCCCGGCUGGUCCCUGUUCAUGUGAGGCCUGAGGAUGAGGACUGCAGCUGAUUGAUACCAUUUCCAUCAAGAGGUGAACCCAAGUGGCUGACAGAUGUGUGCCGGAGUGGAGAGCCCUGGGCCCCUCCCACAGGAGAUCUGACUUCUGAACCUGAGGCUGCCGGAGGGCGUCUCUGUGGAAGAUGCUGAGUUCGGAGCGUGGGGUUGUGGACGAAUGGCUCUCAGAAUUCAAGUCCCUUCCAGAGACUCAGAUCUCCAGUUACGCGGGCAGCCUCCAUCACAAGAAGUCCCUGGUGCCCGCGCUCUACAGAGUCAUCCAAGAGCCCAACAACGAGCUGUUGGAGCCUGUAUGUCACCAGCUGUUCGAGCUGUACCGCAGCUCAGAGGAACGUCUGCGUCGCUUCACCCUACAGUUCCUCCCUGAGCUGGUGUGGAUGUACCUCCGGCUCACGGCCAGCAGGGACCGCCAGAGCAACGGCUGCAUCGAGGCUUUGCUCUUGGGCAUCUACAAUUUGGAGAUAGUGGACAAAGAUGGCAACAGUAGACUCCUGUCCUUCACCAUCCCCUCCCUGUCCAAGCCCUCCAUAUACCAUGAGCCGUCGAGCCUGGGCUCCAUGGCUCUGACGGAGGGAGCGCUGUGUCAACACGACCUCAUCCGAGUGGUGUACAGUGGCCUGCACCCUCAGAGGGAGACCUUCACUGCCCAGAACAGAUUCGAGGUGCUGUGCUUCCUGAUGUUGUGCUAUAACUCAGCGGUGGUCUACAUGCCUCUCUCCUCAUACCAGUCUGUCUGCAGAAUGAGCUCACGGUUGAGUGUGUGUGGCUUUCCCCGGCAGCAGCAGAAGCUCUGGAGAGAACCGUGUAACCGCGUCCUACUCGACCCUGAGUUCAUGGUUCAGAUGCUCACGGCCGUCUAUCACUCCAUAUACAACGGAGAGUGGGAGAUGGGACGAGAGGCACUGGAGGACAUUCUGUACAGAGCCCAGCUGGAGCUGUACUCACAGCCACUACUGCUGGCGAAUGCCAUGAAGAAGUCCCUCCCGGACAGCGCGCCGGACGAACCACGGGGGCGCAAGGUUCUGCAGGUGGAGGUGACCCCCACCGUCAGCCGCAUCUCCAUCUCUGCCAUCACCACCGCCUCAAUACGGCGCCACCGCUGGAAGAGAGAGGAGGCUGAUGGGAUGAGUGGUGGAGAGGACUCCUUCAACAUAAAUGACCCAGACGAGGGCUUCUCCUCCGGGGCGUCCAACAGCAGCCAACCCAGCGCCACAAAGUCCAGCUCCAGAGCAGCCCAGAAGGGAAGCAGCAGCUUCAAAAAGGCCAUUAGCGCACGUCUGUCCCGUGACAAGGAGCGCGAGCAUGACAAGGACAGGGAGAAGGAGAAAGAGAGGGAGAGAGAGAGGGAGAGAGAGAGGGAGCGAGAGAGGGAGCGAGAGAAGGAGGAGUCCGCUCUGAGAAGGCACCAGAGGCUGCAGACUCCUCCCGGCAGCAUUGAUGUGGACACCAUCCAGCUGAGCCCCAUCAAAAAGCACCUGAGCUUCCCCGCAGGACUGGUACGGACGGGCAGCACCUCCUCCAGCAAGUCCUUCGACUGCAUGAGCCUCAAGCUGAACGGAGGAGCAGAAGAGCGUAGCCAGGUGGCCGGGCACUCCCACAGGGAUGUGGGCUUAGCUAGCGGAGGCUCCCACCGUCAUUCCACUGUCAGCCUGCAGGAGGAGCACCUGGGCCGGCCCGAAGACCAGGAACUGCUGUCCCCCGGGGCCCCUCUGACCAAACAGUCACGCUCCCCCAGCUUCAACAUGCAGAUCAUAUCACAGGUCUGAGGAGCUCUAAGGAGGUCUGAGGACCUCUGAGGAGGUCUAAGGGGCUUUUAUGAGCUAUAAAAAGUUCUGAAGAGCUCUAAGGAGGUCUGAGGACCUCUGAGGAGGUCUAAGGGGCUUUUAUGAGCUAUAAAAAGUUCUGAAGAGCUCUAAGGAGGUCUGAGAACCUCUGAGGAGGUCUUAUGAGGUCUGGGGAGCAGGAACGCAUCAGACUGGACUCUGACCCACAAGCUCCUCUGUCCAAGCCAAGUCCACACAUAUACAGUAUGGAGAUAUCAUUUUAUAAAGCUUAGAGUUUUUGUAUCUACUCUCCCCAGAACAGGCACACACGUGGAGCUCAGCUAUUGGCAGCUUCUUUUCAUAAAGAUACAUUUUAAAAGGAUAGAUUGAGCUAAUUAGUUUUUGGGAAACAUUAAUCCAUUAUUAUACUAUCCAAUAAUGUAUUUUUUGGAGCCUUUAACCAUGUUAUUUUCUCAUCAGAAAUCUACCUGAAGUUGUAUUUUACUUUAUUCUUGUAUAUAUGAUGAAUCUCACCAUGAUUGUUACAUCAAAGGUAAAAGUCUGGAGGUCUCUUGUACUGUUUUUAAGUUUAAAAAAAUCAAAACGUGACCAUUUCUGCCAUCAAAUCACAUCCAUUAACACUGCGUUCUUUUAUUAGCAUGUCAGAAAAGGCUGCUAACCCUAGUUGUUGUUUGUUAUUCAAUAGUAAUUCCCUCUAUAGGGAGAGCACCUUAGGAACAAGGUGUCUAGGAUCUGAAGACAGAAGUUUUAAAAUGUGAAAUGCCAAGACAAAAGUACUCAAGAGUAUGUUUAAAGGCCUAUAACAAUACAAAUAGGCUAAUGUCUCCCCAUAACUGAUUAGCUAUACCUGCUAUGCGUCUAAACUCAGUAUUGUAUUGGUUCAAAAAGGCUGUUGACCAUAUUUAGGAAGUUGCCACGCAAACUGCCCUGAUAUUUGAAAUAUACAGCUGUGAUGAAGCAGUAACAAUUUCAAGAAAAUAACCAAAUUUAAAAUCAUCAUUACACUUAUUCACCAAUUUAAAAUCAAACUCUAGAGGUUGUUCAAAUCUGUAAAAUCUGCAGAUAUUUGUUCUCACCUUAAAUCCCUGUAUAUGUGUGGACUUUGUUUUUUACCCUACUGUGGGUCCUUUAAAGCCAUUAUAAGUUGUGACGGUAGUUCCGCACAUCCCCCCUUAACCGUCCCCUCCACACCGCCCCCUGGACCAGGCUCUUCUCUUCUUUGUGGUGUGUCCCGUGUGUCUGUGUGCGCCCCCGUGUGGUCGGUCACUACACUGUUGUGCUGUGUCUGCUGUUCGUGAUCAAGUCCACCACCAUUAUGUUCUCCUGACCUCUCCAUUGGAUAAACAGGUGGACAGGACUAUAACAUUUCCGAAGACGCUAAAGACAUCUCAAAAUCAGUGAAUGAGCAAUAGAAGAUUAUGGAAAUUGUGUGUGUCCUGUCAUUUCAUUCCCGGGCUCUCGUGCAAUCAAUCCUGCAUAUUUUUUGUUCCCUAUAGAUAAGUCUUGAAUAAUUUCCAAGCAAAAUAUAGUUUAUUUUAAUGGUUAUAUAUUUUAUUACAAUCCAAAGAAAAAAAUGGCACUUUCAUGUAUUUAACUGUGUCUUUAGAAGCUGGGGUUCAGUUAAUCGCAUUGGUUCAAUUACAAAAUUCACACAAAUUUGAAUUGUGAAUUUGAUUUUGUCAUCGCAUUUUAAUUUCUGAUUAUACAAUAUAAUAAAUUAUCCUUAAAGGUGCACUAUGUAGAAUCAGUGACCUGCUUGUUUCCAUGGAGAUGUUAGCGCUUUGCCUGGAAUGUUCUACAGUAUGGCAUUAAACUUGUCUGUCUCGCAGUCGUUAAAUUACAGGUAUUUUUAUUGCUCAAAAUAUGAAAAAAAAGAUGCAUUCUUACUGUGAGCGGAGUCGCCUUUCCUCAGAUCUGACCUGUAACUUGGCCUAGUUACAUUGUGCACCUUUAACAAAACUUUAUUCCUGAACCAGUUCUUAUUACAUUGGUAGACCCAGCUUCUAAAGAUCAAUGCUGAUUCCAUAAUUGUAUGUCCUGCUGUUGAUUUUAAUGUUUGACGAUAUAUUUAUGUAUUUUCAUAAGUAAACUGGAAGCUGGAGUUUUUAACUGGACAAAUCAGUGAUAGGUCCACUAUUUCAAAAGGAGGGGGGCAGAAUUCUAGCUUGAAACCAGUUUUGGAUUUGUAAUGUCAAAGGCGCUGUACCUGUUUUGUUUUGUUUUUUACAAAUUUUUGUAAUCCUUAUCAUUCACCAACAUGAGAUUUUAAGAGUUUGCCGUUUUGGUGAAGCUAACAAUUACCGGUACUAACAUACUAAUGCGCACUUCCUAAUACUUUAUAAUUAGAUACAGAUGAUACACAGUGGACUUAAUUUGACCUCAAAAGCCGCUUAUACAAUAUAUCAUCAUAGAUUUAAGACCAAUUUAGUUUAAAUCUAUGAUGGAAAUAAACAAACAGGUACACUGCCUUUAAACUUGGUGUGUUAAGUGCUGUGUAAACUGCAGCACUGACUCCCUCUGGUGGCCAUCUUGUGUUCUGUGCUGUGAUUGGACACUCACCAACUGUUUAGUUCUACCUCUAUGUGUGGAGCUAUGAUUUAGAAACAUAAAGAUAAGUUUUUAUUUUUUUGUGCGUGUAACAGGGCAUUAGUUUGGAAUGGAUUUUAGUUUAUAAAGGUUGACGUUUUGUAAUUCCAUGAUGUCAAAUUUGCAGAUGGUGGGAUUAUAUUCUAUUGGGGAAUCACUGUUUUUAAAAGAAAUCUCCAAACAGAAAUUCCACAAAUGUUGAACUUUAUCAUUGACUGCAUUAACUCGCCUCAUCUCGUUAUAAUGAGAUAUGAAGUGAUUAAUGUAAUUUCAAGCUUGUUUAGUGGAAAAUUACCAUCUGACUGUGUUGUUAAGAAAGGGAGCAGAUGAGUACCUUUAAUAAUCUCGCUCCUGAUUUGCUCUUUCAUGCAAAUAUGGCCCCCGGUUGCAGAUUAAAACUAAAACUCUUUUGGCUGGAGCUGAACACUACGGGUGACGUCACACUCACUCCACUUUUUUAUACAAUGUGGUUAUAACAGGAUAAAGGACUUUGUUACUAAUAUAAACAUUUGUGGUUUUUCGUAUUGGAUAUAGAAUACUUCAUUUGAUAAAGUUUAUUCAACCCAUUUUAAACUAUAAACAUAUUGGGAUUCUGUAAGAGACAAUUACUGACUGAAUUCUGAGACAAAUGUGUUGUUUUUUAAUUUGGUCCUUCCGAAUUUCACUUGGUCCGGCGUGUUAUAAAAUGCAUCUUCUUGCUAGCUUGCAUGCACCGACUGGGCUAUCUACGCUUGCAUUAGUGCGCACUGCUCGCUCUUCCCUCUAGUGCGCCCCCUUCAGGCUGAGAAAUGUCACUGCUGGUCUGCAUGUUCAGCGCUCCACCUGAGCUCUGAUUCUGAUGUGCCAAAACACAACUGUCUCAGCUAACGUGUCUUAUGCUUUUGUACUCUUACUCAGGCCUUUAUUUGCUUUGUUUAUUUAAGUAUUUCUUUGUUUUACGCUGUUCUGUUAUGUUAAAUGUGUUGUUGUCUAAAUGUGUCCGCACUUUUUCACAAGCAGGGGUGUGUCCAGGCGUUUUUCACUGGGGUGGCCCAAGUUUGGUACCUUAGCCCUACUCUUGAAUUGAGAAAAGUUAUCUUAAAGCAGACCUAUUAUGCAAAAUCAACAUUUCAGAGAUUUGA